CCUCCCCUCCUCUCUCUCUCUCUCUCUCUCUCGCGCUCUCUCUAUCGCUCUCUCUCGCUCUCCUCGCUCCCGCAGCCGCGCGUGAGGAAUGGGUUCUAGCUACUUUGCAUAUCCAGCAUGCCUCGGCUCGGCCAUAUGGGAAAAUGCAACUGAAGGAAUUGUCGCGUGAAAAAAAAGAGGGAGACGGCGGAGUGAGAGUUUGAGAUUUCGAUAAAGAAAGAGAGAAAGAGAGAGAGAGAGAGAGAGAGAGAGAGAGAGGGAGAGAGAGAGGGGAGAGGAAAACAAAAAAAGUUGCAGAAGAAGUAUCGCGGCGGAAGAGAGGAAGCGGGGGGAGCGCCCAGACACCGAGGAGGACGGGGGGGACAUAACGGCGAACACAGCGAGCGGGAGGAGAGGUCGCACAUAGCGGACGGCAGCCAUGUACUGCGCCUACACCAUCCCCGGGAUGACCGGCAGCUCCCUCAUGUAUUACUACAACGGCAAAGCGGUGUACGCUCCAUCUGCUAGCACAGCGGACUACAACAGGGACUCGCCAGGUUAUCCCUCGUCGAAACCUCCUAGCACUGGGUUCCCAAGCUCAUUCUUCAUGCCAGAUGGCCACCACAGUGGGGACCCAUGGAGCAGCAGCAGUAGUAGUAUGAGCCAGCAAGGUUACCAUGGCAGCAUGCUCGGGGGUGGGAACUCUGCCCAUGGCCCCACCCAGAGCUCCUCCUACUGCGGAAUCCAUCCCCAUGACAGAUUGAGCUAUCCAUCCCAUUCAUCUGCAGACAUCAGCUCCAGCCUCCCUCCCAUGUCCAGUUUCCACAGAGGGGGAGGGGGCGGGGGUGGAGCCAAUCACUACAGCACCGCCUCCUGCACCGCCCCCACCAAUGGAACAGACAGCAUUAUGGCUAACCGAGCACAAAGUGGAGGAGCCAGCAGCUCUCAGACUGGGGAUGCCCUAGGAAAGGCCCUUGCAUCAAUCUAUUCUCCAGACCACACGAACAACAGCUUUUCAUCCAAUCCCUCAACCCCGGUUGGCUCUCCUCCCUCCCUCACUGCUGCCAGUUCUGCUGUGUGGUCGAGGAAUGGAGGACAGGGAGCCUCGUCACCAAACUACGAGGCUCCCCUGCACUCUCUGCAGAGUCGCAUUGAGGAUCGCCUGGAGCGUUUGGACGACGCCAUCCACGUGUUGAGGAGCCACGCUGUUGGUCCCUCCACGGGGAUGACCAGCGGUCACAGCGACAUGCACAGCCUCAUCGGGGCGGCUCACACACACAACGGUGCCAUGGGCGCACUGGGCAGCGGAUAUGGCACGGGGCUGCUCUCCGCCAACCGACACUCCCUCAUGGUGGGCUCUCAUAGAGAGGAAGCCAGUGGUGUCGGUGGUCUGCGUGCGGGACACUCCAUGCCAGGUCAGGUGGCGGUGCCUCAGCUGCCAGUUCAGUCUGCCACCUCGCCGGACCUCAGCCAGCCCGAUCCCUACCGUGCACUGUCAGGAGGCCUCCAAGGCCAGAGCACCUCCUCUGUGAGCUCAGAGAUCAAGUCUGAGGACGAAGGAGACGAGAACGUCCUGCAGGACCAUAAGGCCCUGGAGCCCAAGAAGGAGGAGCCUGACGUCAAGGAUCUCAAAGCUAUUGAUAGCAACAAUGAUGACGAGGACCUGUCACCGGAGCAGAAGAUGGAGAGGGAGAAGGAGAGGAGGAUGGCCAACAACGCUCGUGAGCGCUUGCGUGUGCGCGACAUCAACGAAGCGUUUAAGGAAUUGGGCCGGAUGGUGCAGCUUCACCUGAAAAGCGACAAACCUCAGACCAAGUUACUCAUCCUGCACCAGGCCGUGGCCGUCAUCCUCAGCUUGGAACAACAAGUGAGAGAGCGUAACCUGAACCCCAAGGCGGCCUGCCUGAAGCGCCGCGAGGAGGAGAAGGUCACGGUGACGUCAGACGGGACGCCCCUCUCGCUCGCCGCUGCCCACCAUGCUGCUGCCGCCAUGGGCGAUGGCCCCAACCCCAUGGGACAAAUGUAAAAUGCAACACCUCCUCCCCUAAAUGGUCUAAGCUGCCGGAGUUCAUCAAGAUGAUGAGUGACCACUUCCUCUGACAGUGUUUCCAUGACAACCCGAAAACCAGUCAAACCUGUUGACUCUUCAACUUGACCAAUCAGCUUAUGUCAGAACUUUCAGCCCGACCAAUCAGAUCAACGAUGUCCCCUCCCCCCCUCCCCCGUGCCAUCCUCCUCUUCCUCUUCCUCAUCCUCUGGAGAGUACAAACUGCCAACAUUUGAGUUGUUUUCACUUCUGACUCCUUUCAACAUUUCCCGUAGAUUUAAACUACAUGCUUCUUCGCGGAGUUAAAUGGCCACCACAACAUUGCCCCCGAAAUAAAAUGGCCGCUACAGAAUGGCGGCUAUGGGAGCUUUGACAGAACGGACGUAGAUUCUAGCAUCACAUCACUCAAGAAAGUCUUUUACUAGUACUACUACUACUGCUUGUUUAAGUAUUCCCAAAUUUAAGGAAUAAAACAAUGGUUCUCUCUCUAUACGUAAAUAUAUAAUUCUAUAUAGGAAAAGAAUUACAGAAAAACUUGAUUUAAAAGAAGUGCAACUAGAUAAAUGGGUUGAGGUGGUUCGGGGGGGGUUGAAGGUUGUUUGGGACAGUGGGGAAAAACAUAUCAUAAAGUGUAAAAAACAACAACAAAAAAAGAAACAUGGCAACAUUUCGCAGCUGUUGUUGAAAGCAGUUUUAGCGCCAUCUCUGACUGAAUGGCAAUCUAGCGCCAAACUGUGGAUGAAGCUGUGCUUGAUGUCCUCCUGGAUUUCAACAAGUCAGAAAGAUAUACACAGAGACGCAAAGGAAAACAACAACAAAAACAGCAAACAGGAAGUGACCAGGAACUUGAUAGUGGGGUACAUGCACAUAGAUUUCCCAUCUCAGCCAUGUAUUUUUUGGUUAAAAUGAGAUGAGGAGGACCUGACGAACAGAUGGUGUAAAGAAGAAAUUCGGGAAAAAUGUCUGUUGCAACCUUGCAGUUUUUCCAAGGUCUUGUAUUGCCAAGUGAACUGAACAAAAACAAAAAUCUGAAAAAGGAACUCUGAUUUUGAAACAAAGGCUUUUUGACUAUCAUGGGUGCAUAACAGGCAAGGCUGUGUGAAAGAACCACACAGUAGGGGUACGUCUUCUUCCCCGCCCAUACAUUCCCAUCCAAACAAUGUACUUUUAGAUUGGUGUACAAAAUAUUUUUUUUUUUAUUACCACCCGGGGAAGUGGUAUCGGCCAGUGACAUGAGUAAAGGAUAUGCCAGGGGAAGAAAAAGAGGGAGAGGGGGAAGAUUAUUGGCAUCAUCUGAAUCAGAAACUAAAAAUUUCAUUGGAUGUUACGUAGCAUGGGCAGAAGAGACAGAGAUUAUGUUUGGUAGCCAAUACGGGGGGAGGAUCCUUUCGCCACCAUUUUGUUAGGCAUAUACCUGAGGGGAUGGAUGGAUGGGUGGUGGGCGGAUGAAGAAAGAUAAAUAAACCCUGGAUUGAGGCUUUAGGAUGAAUUCAGACUAUCAUCUCUCCUCUCGUCUCCCGAUGUAAUUCCAAUGAAUUACCUUUGUCCCAAUGGUAAUUGACUGGAAUUACAUCAGGAUUCGGGUAUUUCAUUGGGAUUACUACCAUGGAGGUCCCCAAGGCUUAACACCUUUUUUAUGGGGUGGGAGAGUCACAUCAGUCAGGGGGAAGGAGCAUAGAUGAUCGAAACGGACCAACAUUCUGAGGAGGUAGAGAAGAAAAGUGUUUAGAUAAAGAGGGAGAGAGGUGCAGAUCGCUCUCGCGGUUAAUAAAAACGCUGCUUUGGAUGCAUGGGAACAAUCAUUGAGGUGAAGGGUGUGUCAUAUUUUAGGGGCCAAGCAGUUGUAGUCAAAGCAUUCCUGUGUUUGAUUUGUCAUAGUUCCCCAUACCCUAGUUUAAUAUCAGCCCCCAUCUGCCCAUUUACCCCCACCCAACCCCAUCCUUUCCCCACUCCCACCCCAACUCACCCCAAUCCUCUACCACUUUCCUCUAACAUGGUCGCCUCUCUCUUCUAACAUCUCUCUCUCUCAAUCUCUCUCCUCUAAGUCAGUCCUCUGUCUUUUCCAUCCUCUUUCUCUCUCUCUCUCUCUCUCUCUCUCUCUCUCUCUCUCUCUCUCUCUCUCUCUCUCUCUCUCUCUCUCUCUCUCUCUCUCUAUACCAGACCUCAACCCUUAUGACAGGCCCAACCAAACCAUAGCCUUAUACUUCACCUUAUCCCUCCCUCUUCAGAAACCCUCCUCAGUCCAGCCCUUACACUUCAGCCCCGUUACUGUCCUUGUCCUCAUUUUCCUUCCCCUCAUCUGUAGACUAAUAAGUCCUUUGACCUAUAGCCCAGAGCCCUCUCCCUGACUCUAACCCCUUUUAACCAGCCCCAGAGAUGCAAAUUGAACAUUCACACUUCUACCAAUGUGCCUUUUUAGAGUUCAUAUCAUUCAAAACACCAGAGGAGGACAUUUACCUGGUCUUUUAAUAGGAUGCAAGCUUAGGGAAACCUGUUCUUAGUCAUUAGGUUCUAUGCAGUCAGGUUUUUUACCAGACCUGGGAAUUUAAAAAAAGCUAAAAAUUAAAAAAAAAGUAUUUUUUGGAUAAAAACAAACAAACAUAAACUGUAUUUAAUGUACUGUAUGCUUAUAUGUAAGUAGACAGCGUGUUCUGGCUAGUAGCCAAUGGGACAGACAUUCGUUUUAGUAAGACGAGCCCCCCAAUUCCCUGUACCACAAGUCCAUCAUCCCCUCCCUCCAUCCCGUUCUCCCUUUCCUUGACUCCUAUUCACAGCCCUCUUUCCAUAGUGAGCAAUGCGUCUGUUCUUGUAUUAUAGCUUAUCAGCUUUUUAUCAAUAUUUGAUCGGCUUGUCCGUGAGCCACUGUAGUCUUCAGUACAAAAAGUGUGUGAUUGUAUGUUGUAAAACAAGAAAUUGUUUUUUUUGUUUCUCUUUUUCCAAAAAAACAAAAAACAAAAAACUUUUCUCUUACUGCUUUUUUGUCCGUUCUGGUUUCUCUGUCAAUAAAAAAAAAAAAAAAGGUUGAAAAAGAAAAAAAAAGUGAUUCGCCAUCCGACAGCGAGGCUUUGCAUCGGUGGCCAUUUUGGCGCAUUGUUUAAAAGUCCUACCCAAUCAACCGGAAGGAAGGCACGGAAACUGGAAAAGAAUCUAUUUGAGAAUUGAUCUAUAUAUAAAUGUACAAAAAAUAUAUACAAUAUAAGGAGGGUGCCAUUUUUUUUAUUUGUUUGUUUUGUUUUUGUCUCAAAGGAGUAUUUGUCGGAGAAGGAAUUAUUUUCUCAAAGACUGAAAUAGCGAGGAAGUUGAAGAGGCCCCUCAGUGUUAAAACUUUUCAACAGACAUGUCACAUGACUUUGUUGUGUUCUUCUGUUGUUGCCAUGACAACAGUCUCAGACAAGUAUGGCGUUCGGUGCAGGACAAAAUUGGGACCGGCGUUCCAUCUGCUCCGAUCACUGCUAUCCAAACUGUCUAACAAAGGCAACAACACACAGACAUUUGUAAAUUGUAUGCAACAAAUGGCAAACUUACCAUUAUUUUGAAAUUGUGUAUGUAAAAGUUAUAUUUUUACAUGUAGACUGUUGUUAUUUUGUGUUUAGAAUGUUGUAUUGGUUUCUUUUUCAUUUUUUUGUUGAAAGAUGAAAAAGUUAUUUGUGUGUUUUUCAGUAAGUAAUUUCAUUUUAAAUGUUGUUACAUUUAAAAUGUAGUGAAGUCAACAGUUCCAAAAUCAUUUCUUUUCAAUAAUUGUUUAUAUCUGCGGGAACAUUUUUUGAGCGUUCUGGGGGUCGGGAUCAGAAAUUAAAAAGUUAUACAAUAUUGUUUCAUUCUCCAUGCUUAUGACAUUACCAUUUUUAAUUGUAUUUUUAAAGAGAAAUGUGUAAAUAGUCAUAAUACACAGGGUUCAUGUGGUUUUUUUUGUGGGAUGAGGAUUUGCCAGUGUGAGAUGAUGCAAACUUUGGUUUUUAGUAAAGGUUGGUUUUGUCCGAUUACAGUAGCCAGGUGCUAACACAUAGUUUCGUCGAUGGUGCAUACAAUCUGUGUUGGUUUAGCUCUGAACAACUUGUUUCUGGACUAAUAUCCAGAAGUGUGUCAUCUGAAGUUGAAGUCAAGAUAUUGUCUUUGCUUGCACCUAGAUUACAAUCUCUUAGACCGUGGCAAAACACUCCAUUCUCCGUGCAAUGGAUCCAUAAUCUGGUUGCUAAUGAAGACCCCUGGUGUCUUGAGUUGAGAUUAAUAUAUUAGCUUUUUUUUUUUGGACAAGAUUGGAUAUUAGCAUUGCGGACAUAAAUGAGCAACUCGUCUGCAAAUGAGCAAACAAUCUUUUCAGCUAUUUUCCCAAAAAAGUAUUGAAUUCUGUGCAAGGCAGUUUCAGUCAGUUGUUUUUAGUGUUUAACAUUAAAAUUGAGCUUUUUUUUUUAAGGGAAGGAAAAGCUACUUUCAAUCGGACCUAGGUUGAACACUAGGAUGGAAUCUGUCACUGCAAGUGCUGAUGUUUUUAUGUGGUAUUAUUUUGCAAGGCUUCAUUUCGUAUUUUCUCUUUAUUAUAUAAUCGAGUCUGCCGCGAGAGACAUUCUCCAGAAUUACAUUGUCUUCAUCAUUAUACUGUUAUCCCUGUUGUUUCUAGAGCAAAAAUGUCAACAUUUGUUUUUUCUUUGCUUGUUGUACAUACAUUUCAUUUCUGUUUUUAGUGACCGUGCCAUGAGCUUUGUAAUCCCAGAUGCUGCUCUGUACUGGUUUUAACUGCAAUAACGAGUUGAAUUCAAAAUGGCCACUCGUCAUCUGUUCCCCCUGUGACAUAAAAGUAAGAGGCGAGUCAGAGACACGAGGGCAAUUCCAAUUAAACUUAAUUCCAUUUCAUUCAAUUUUACUCUGUACUCCUGCACCAGUUACUGUAGAUACUUGGUAAAUAUUUGAAGCUAUAAUUCAUAUGAAAUUGAUAAAAAGGAAUAUCGUCAAAGCCCCUUUUUAUAUCACAGGCUUCAAUAUAAUGGAGAUAAUUUAGUACUAACCUCCACUGCCAGAAAAAGACAAAAACGAAACAAAAACCCGCCAAUAUUUAUUUCUUGUUUUGAUGCCAGAGUAGUAAGUUAUUCAACCGAGUGAUUUUAGCUACACAGCCAUGCACUAUGCCAGAGGCUCUUCAUCUGAACCUUUCAAAACUGAGGAAAUUAAAAUUGCCCUCAUACUUAGGGUCACCAAAACUACAUACUAAUGUUUUAGUUUUUAUUAUUUUUUGCUGACAAAUGCAUAUUGGUCAUUGAAAUGACUGAUUAACCAAUACACAGAUGGUUUAAAAACAGACCUGUGAAAAAUAGCGAUCAGUAAGUAUGACAUAAAUUAUAUAGCCAAGAAAGUGUAGCAGAAUUUACCAGAAUGACAGGCGACAACCUCUUUGGUGUCCCAACUAUUUUCUGGCUGGGAACCAUUUGGCAUCCCAGGCCAGUACCCAGUUAAAGGCUGCGUUCACACCGCAGGUCUUGAUGCCCAAUUAACGAUUUUUCUUUUAUGACCAUCUGUUUGCAUCUACUUUUAAAAGUGCCCGUGUCCGACUCUUGUUAGGUUUGCACUUAGAACAACCUGCAUGCGUCGGCUGAAGCAAGAGUUUGAUCACCGACAAGGAAGUAAACAACCGCAUGUGACCCGUAACUGCCCGAUCCGUAGCAGAAACCCCAUUUGUUCUACGCCUGUGCCAUGUUGUUAUUGUUGGCUUGCGCCGGCGCAAGGGCAGUGUGACUAAGGUUAGGGUUGGGUUAACACAGAGGUUAGCACAAAUCGGGUUUGCAGUACGGAUCGGUUAGUGGCACGAACACCAAGUCAUUAAAACUACAACGAGAGAGAGAGACGGCGUCACAUUUGGAAUGACAUGCGAUUCACAAUGAGCUAAAACAAAUCCGAUCUGCAUGGUUACACGUGAGCUGCAUCAGCAGAUAUCAGACUCCUGUGCAAUUUAUUUCCAUAUACACAUGAAUAUGGUCUAAAUCAGAUAUGAAAAUAUCUUUUUAUAUGCCACUUUUUCUGGUUACACGGUCGUAGCACAUAUCCGACCUGUGCAACAUGCUAGAAAAUUUUAGCAAACAUUUUGGAAUUGGUCCACUUGCACCAGGCGGGCUUAACGUAGAAGUAACUCGUUGAGUCGUGCCGUAAAACAUUGAAAGGGGAGACAUUCUGAGUUUUGAAUUCAGAUUAAAAAUAAUAAAAAAAUUCCCUUUUAUUUUUUAAUUAUUUUUUUGUUCCAAACUAAAGUAAACCGAAGCAUCGACCUGUCAGUAAAACAGCCUGUCAUGACACAUGAUGUGCACUGGGACCUAUCUAACAUUUGGUCUCUGGAUGCAUGACUUCACAUCCAUCCAUAUUUUGAAAUAAUCUGAGGAUGGACGCAUGCCAGAAACAUACCUUGUCCAAAGUACCAACCAGCUGGUACUGGGCAAGAGUGUCGCAAAAAAUACAGUAUCGUUGGAGUGACUGGGCAAUCCCUGGACCAUUUGUGCACACUAGUACAUGAAAAAAAAAACAAACAGAGGUUCAAAAAAUAUAUAUAUAAGUAAGAGUAAUGCGGUAGUUCAUGUCAGCGUCACGAACAAGCACAAACUACACAGCUGACCGAUACUAUGAUAAGAUGAUAACUACGGUAUGUUUCUAUAGAACUUAACAACUACGGUGACUCAUGCAAUACAGUAAGCCUGCUUAUUCAGUCUACCGUUACGGCCAUUUCCUCUCUGUAUGUAUUAUUUCUGAGACAUAUUUGUGUAGUGGUUUCUAACACAUGUUUCAUUCCAGAGUAUUAUGAUCAUUAUGUAAUGGUGAAAAUAUAUGAACUGUGGCCUUUUUCAUUCUUCUUGUUCCUUGUGAUGCAAUUCAGUGAAGAGAUGGAAAAAAAAAUACAUAAAGCAGAAUUACCCUGUACCAGUGCCUGGGCUUUUUGUUAAAGCUUUCUUUGUCUAGUGCUCUUUUGCUAUGGAAUAGACUUAGUGCACCAUAUAGGAGCAAAAUAAGAACACAAUUAAUAAAAACUAAAAUAUAUUUGGCUUACUUUUUUGCAGGGGCAAUCCUUUUAUACCACGAAUAUUGAAAAAGUAAAAAUAGAACAAAUAAAAGUUCGAUUAUGAAAGCUGAAUAUUCCACUUUGUAGAUUUUUGGAACCAUUCGAAAGUGAAUAAAAUUUAAAAAAAAAAGUUUGUUACUUUAUUUUACUAUAUUUAAAGAUGUUAUUUUAGCCGUGUUGUACCGGAGACGAGCCUGUGAGGAUUCCUGUGUGAUGGGUCAUGGUUAGUGGCCAUAGUGAGGGAGGUCCCAUCCCAGCCUGCAACAGUUGAUGAUAUUCAUAAAGGAAAAUAUUCAUGAAAAUAAUAUUCAUAAAAAAAUCAACAGUUACACUUUCUUUCCAGUGUGUGGCUGAGUGCCUCCAAUCUUUAUUUUGUUGUAUUUUUUUUUUUUUUGGUGCGUGUAUUUUUUUUUCUUUAUUUUUUUUUACACUUCAGUUUUCUUAAUUAUUUCCGGUUAUAUUGGUAUUCUUUACUACUUUUUUGUUUUCAUGUUAUAUAAUUAUAAUUAUUAUUAUUAUUAUUGCUGUUGUUGUUAUUGUUGUUAUUGUUGCUGUUAUUAAUACAUUUUUUCCAGAUUAGUAAAAGUGUUGGGGAACAGGUUUUUUUCGUGGCGAGGUUUACCCUUCCUUGUACCAGCCCAACAGUCGGCCAUCGCCUGUUGGUUCUCAUCUUGUAGUGAUUCAAUGAGAUUCAUGUUCAUGACCGUUCUGUAGCAAUAAAUGUGCCAUUUUUAU